GGUAGAAACAAAAAUCGGCCAGAGCAAGAUGGCAUCGUCCAUGAGUGGGAUGUUUCCUGGUCAGCAGCCGCCUGGUGCGCAUCCCGUCGGUGGUCCUGGUGGACCGGGCCAACCGGCCUUCCCCGGUACUGCUAACAGGGCUCAGGGAAAUAAUACGCUAGUGGAUGAACUGGAGGCUUCCUUUGAGGCAUGUUUUGCAUCCCUGGUAAGCCAAGACUAUGUGAAUGGAACAGACCAGGAGGAGAUUCGAACUGGUGUUGACCAGUGCAUACAGAAAUUUCUGGACGUGGCUCGACAGACAGAGUGCUUCUUCCUACAGAAGAGGCUUCAGCUAUCUGUGCAGAAACCAGAGCAGGUGGUGAAAGAGGAUGUGUCAGAGUUACGUAAUGAGCUACAGAGGAAAGAAUUGCUGGUUCAGAAACAUUUGUCCAAAUUGCACCACUGGCAACAAGUGCUGGAGGAUGUGAGCGUUCAACAUCGCAAACCCACAGACCUUCCUCCUCCUGGACCACUGGCCUUCCUGGAGCAGGCCUCUGCUAGUCUGCCCCCUGCCCCUUUAAAACCGAACUAACACACAAACACUGAAGGAAAGUAUACACCAUGUACAUCAUUUGAUGCCCACUAUCAACCUGUGAGGAAACUGGUCAAAAGUUUGUUGUCAAGGAAAAUCAUUGACACAGACUGUUUUGUUUCAACUAUUUUCAGUAUUUUGAUAAAUGUAAAUAUUUCUAUUGCUGACUUUUUUUACUGUAAAAAUAAAAAUGGAG